CCACUGUUGAGGCUCAGGGUGUCUGGCUGGUGCCUUCAGAAAGGAGGAAGAGUCUAAGUUCAGCAUCCCUCUUUGAGCCCUUAAGGGCUGGGAUGGCUCCAGCAGGUUUUAGUUCCCCUUGCUAGGAAUAAAGCAUUCCUUGGCAGUGUUCUCGAGAAGUGUCCCCCUCCUACCAGUCUGGACAUCACCACUUCAGCUCAGGGGUGAGGGAGGAAGGGAUCUCUUCACCCUUUCCCAGCUGACACUUGGCCUUGCCCAGCACCCCUUCAGGGGCUCCCACCCACAGGAAAGCCACCUGUAGUUCCUGUGGAGAGUGGGAGGGUCCCCAGGGCUCACAGAGCCACACCCUCUGGCUGCACCUCCCCCACUGCCCAGUCCAGGCAAGGGUUGAACUUUGGGGCUUUGCUGGGAGGAGGAGGGGGAGGUGAUAGGCUUCAAAGGAAAAACCAAGACAAUGACUCCUGCUUGUGAUUGGCUUUGGAGGGCCCCUUCUUAGGUUGGGAUUGCCAGCCUGCAGAGAGGAGGUUGGAAGGCAGGAGGGGAGCCCCUGCCAGGUGACUGGCAGGACAGCACUUGGUCCCUUCAUCAGGAAACUUUGUUUCCUGUUACUGAUAAGCUGGAAUACAGCCGCCCCCCCACCUGCCCCUUUGGAAACACUAUCCAAAUAACACCAUGUGUUUGCUUUGCCAUCCUAGCAGGCAUCUCCUCACUCUCCAGGCAAGAGGGCAGAGACAAUACUAUAGAUAGCUUGGGGACUGGGUGGGUUCGAGGGAGAAUUAAAGCAGACACCUCAGAGAGAGCUUGCAUAUGGGAAAGGCAGGAUUUCUGAGUUUUACUCAGAUUCCUUUAAGUACUUCCCAAGCCACAGACCAUUUGGCUUGUUCUUCAAAGGCAAGAGACUGCGGGACAGAACUCCUGGAGAUCUCUAAUUGAGUCUGACAAAGAUGAACGUUGUCUCUCUGUAUCCUUAACCAUUCAAGUGGUUGCUGCUUCUGGUUGCUCUGGGGGCCUUAAGGGGUUCAUGGUAUGUGUGUGUCGGGGGCUGGGUUGGAAGCUCAAGAUGCUGAGUGGCUCCAAGCUCAGACUUCCAAGAGCCAUCAGGUAGAGCAAAGAGGAACUUCUUUGUCACCAAGAAACUCACAUCAACAACCUGAAUAGUAUAGGCAGUGAGUGAGGUCAUAGAGAGAAGGCUGAAUUUUACUUCCUUCUGUGAGACAGGUUCCACCAAUCUCAGGUUAAGCUCUGGCAGGAAUGGUAGACUGGGGAUGAAGAUUUGAAGUCCUGGAGACUAGGGAGAUGGAGCCAUCCCAGUGUGUGGAGGAGCUGGAGGAUGACGUGUUCCAACCAGAGGAUGGGGAGUCGGGGACCCAGCCCGGGAGUGUGCUUUCUGCUGACCUGUUUGCCCAGAGCCAGCUGGACUGCCCCCUCAGCCGGCUUCAGCUCUUCCCUCUCACCCACUGCUGUGGCCCUGGGCUUCGCCCCACCAGCCAGGAAGACAAGGCCACCCAGACCCUCAGCCCAGCCUCCCCGAGCCAGGGUGUCAUGCUGCCUUGUGGGGUGACCGAGGAACCCCAGAGACUCUUUUAUGGCAAUGCUGGCUACCGGCUUCCUCUCCCUGCCAGUUUCCCUGCAGGCUUGCCCCUUGGGGAACAGCCUGCUGAAGGGCAGUGGCAGCAUCGAGCAGAGGUACAGAUUGCCCGAAAGCUUCAGCGCAUUGCAGACCAGUUCCACCGGCUUCAUGUGCAGCAACACCAGCAGAACCAAAAUCGCGUGUGGUGGCAGAUCCUCCUCUUCCUACACAACCUUGCUUUGAACGGAGAAGAGAACAGGAACGGGGCAGGUCCCAGGUGAGGCUGGGCUGCCCUCUUCACGUGGGGCACCAGGAACACGGUCUGGAACAGGAAGGACGACGGGCAGGACUGACACUGUGUCUUGUGGAGUUGUUUUUUGUUGUUGUUUUGUAUUUUUAAAAUUUCUUUUGUGUACAUACGACAUACCCAAGUGGGACUUCCUUUCCCUGUUCAGGGCCUCAACCAGGAAUGGGGGCCUUUGUCAAACACUGUUGAAGGAGAGGCUGAUGUGUCUGUGACGGUGGGAACUCCCAAGGGCUCUGACAAGUAGAUUCUUCAGUCUCCAGCUGUCGAAGAUGACCAGUUAACAAUGUUCUCCUGGGAGUGGACUAUAGUUUUUCCACGGGAACUUAGUUAAGAAAUGAACUGGAUUAGUCUCCCAGUUCCACCAAACCUGUCAGCCAUCCAUUGUGGAUGGGGCGAUGAUCCUGACGGUCACACUGCUUUAAGCCACCAGGGCCUCGGUCACGGCCUUUCCGGCUGAGGAUGGCAGCUUUACCAGGGUGGCCAGCCAGCUCCUCAUCUGUCUGGGUUCUCACUUGGCCCAGCCAGUGCUGCCCCAAGGGCUCAGGGAUUCUUGCCCAGCCCCUGUCACCUCCAGCAGACCUCAGGGAGGGUUGGGUUUCUCCAAGGACCCCUCAAAUAUGCCGAAAAAUGAACCAAACUUCUGGAUAGGCCUCAGAUCUGACUUGGUCCCACUUGGAGGCCCCAGGAUUGGUCCAAGGUGCAGAGCCACCACCACCUCUGGCUGUCUGGGACUGGCUGGGUGUCAAGCACGAAUGAGCCAAAUAGCCAGUCAACGUGCCAUAGCCAGCAGCUUGUGCCUUUGUCAGCUCUUCUUUCAAAAGCCCUAGGCAACAGACUGCAUUCCACCCCCAGCAACAGCACCGUAGGACAUAAAGGGGCAGGGCUGGGAGAUGUGGCCGCCACCCCACCAAUAGGAGUCAGCCCUAGAGGACCCCAGACCCCUUGGUUUCCUUGGAAACAACAUACCUCCUCCCCCAUAUCCCCAUUCCUUUUUCACACCUAGUGGGAUACAGGAAGAAGCCAGGACAGUGGCUUUGCCAGCUGAAAAGUGACUUUUAGAGUAAAAGAUAAUGAUUAGAGUGCAGAACCAUCAAAGCUGGGUACACAUUUCCUGUCUUCCUUCAGCUCCCGGCUAGGCCAGGAGGGCAGGGCAUGCUCUGGAACCCAGCAGGACCACAGCUGCCUCUGACUUCGUCCCUUCUCUCCCUGCCGUGGCACUCACGGAGAGACUCAAAGCAGCUCUGAUAGCAGACAAAAGGAAUCUGUUAACCAGACCCCUAGAAAUUAAAUUAUAACAUUUGCAUAUGUGAGAAAAGAUAAUAACAUUGGUGCUAAAGGUGAAGCAAGGCCCAAAGAAAAGAUGGCUUCUCUGGGCAGAGAAGGCCCUGGGGCCACCCAAGGAAAUUGGAGGAGUCCAGAGUAGACUCUCACAUCUGAACAAGCCCAAGCUCCUCCAGUUCUGCGGAGAGGAGGUCUUCAGUGCUGUCGAAGGAGACCUUGAUCUUCUGGAUGUGCUGUUGGGCAGGUUGUUCACUGCACAUGGGCAUCUGCAGAGGGAGCUAAUGGGGGCUGAAAUCUAGCCUGUGCUCUGCUCACUAAGUUGUGUGUCCCCAUGUGGGGCUGCUUGUGCCCAGAGGAAGGGGUGCCUUUCCUAAUUUGCACAGAGGUGCCCUAUGGGCUUACAGUAGCCUCCAGGGGAAGGACCUUAAACUAAGCGCAUAAGCCUUUGUUUUGUUCUGCUCAGAUGUUCUGGAGAUAUUACCUCUUCUUGGCCAGAGUUCUAUUCUCAGGGUGUGUGCCAUGGUCUGUCUGCUAAGAUGGGUUCCUGCUUACAAGGAGGAGGAGCCAGGGACCGGGCGUGAGGACUGGCUCCGGGACACACUGACCGUGGUGAAAUCCAGCCUUCCCGGCGUCUGCAUCCCAUUUUAUGAUGCGUAUAGGACAUCUCUUGUUUCCCCUCUCCUGAAUCAAGGCUGUGACAGGCAGGCUGCUGGUGUAUGCUUGAGUGGCACACACCAAAAAACCAGGUUUGUUUAUACCAGCCACUUUUAACCCCUUUUGGCAGACUUUCCACCUAAGCUGAGUGAGAGAGAAAAUGGUCUAGACCUUGGGGCUGAGGCAAAGCCAUCAGCUUCUGAGACCUUGCCAGGCCCAGGCUGGAUGUGGCCUAUCCCAAGAGCUGAGCCCAGAGUCUGACAAGCCUGGGGCUAGGUGGAAGGUAGCCCAACUGCACUGUCUCCAUCUUAUGUAAAGCGAGGAACCCACAAUCUUAGGUGAGCCAGGACAAAAUUUAAGCCCCCUAGAUUCUCCUUCCUCCCCUCCAAACACCCAGGAGAUAACAGGCAAAGUAGCCCUAAGAAGGAGAAGUUCUUCCUGGCUGGCCCCUUCCCCCUCUGCCUGGGGAGUUGGCCUCAACAUUCCUCAAGUCCAGCCUCGGGAGAUGUGCCCCUCCCCCUGGCCCCUCAGGUCCCCUCCCCCACCCCCAGGAGCUGGCUGUCUCUGGUGAGGGGUGGACAAUCAGAUUUAGAGGGAGGGAGAGUCUGACCUGUGUCCUGACCUCUCACCAGCUGAAGAUGUGGGGUUUUGUGGCUUGCUGAGGGUGGGGGUUGGGAGAGAGACUGGAAACCUCCCUCCUCAUCCUAGAAAUGCCCUGGAGGAAGGGAAGGGUCAAAACAGCCCUUCUAAUUCAGAACCCUAGAGUAGGGGUUUCUAGAAGUUAGUAGACAGAUCUGGGGAGGGAACUCCCCCAGCCAGACAGCUGACUCCCCCAGUGAGGUUGGAGGACUCAGCCUGGCCCCUCUGCAUUGGCCUGUUUCAAAGUCUGGGCCACAGGAGACCUGCCCCUGGGACCUUCUCUUGUUCAAUCCGCAAUGGAAAAAGAUCACCUCCCAGUGACCUCCCUCAGCCCCCAGGGGAGUGGGUCUGUGUCCAAAGCUAGGUGACAGGCUUCUAUCGAGGGCCAGGGGGCCCAGCUGACCUGUCUCACUGCCCCAGGUGGCCCAGCCCCAUCCACAGGCAGCUCCCACCUGCACAUGUCCAGGAGGGGGUUGUUUGGGACAGUCUAGCCAGGGCCACCAUCAGCUCAAAGCCUCCAGGGAAGGAUGCUAUGGAGCCACUGUGACUGUCCUGUUCAGCAAGGAGCACUUGUCAUCUUUUGGGGGGACAUGAUGGGGGGUGGAUAGGGAGACGGGAAAGUAGCAGAAGUGGGAGGACUUCAGUGGCCGUGGCUGCAGGGCUUCUGUAAGUCAGUGCUAGGCCAGGCUGGAAAAAUCUGCAAGGUCCCUCUGUGUGGGUGAGGACUCUUGGAAGCAGGCCAUCCUGGCUGGAAGGGGUUAACCUGCCACCCUUAGGCAGCCUUAAGGCUGGUGGGGACUUGAGGGAACAGCAGGUAAAGCUGAGCUCUUCCACCGAUGUGCCAGCCUCCCCACCUCCCCGCUGAGCUGAAGGUGCUCGAGCCACACGUGGUCCUGGGCCUAUACUAUGUCUCUCUGUGCAGGUGGCCAGCGCCUCUCCCUGCUCUGGGGGCAUUGCCCAGCCUUCUCCCCUGUCCCUGGAUCCUCAGGAGCUGUCGGGGGAGACCCAGUGAGAAUGUAGCAUUUCGUUCAUCCCCAGAUCAGCUCCCCUGGGACCCGAGCACUCUGCCUCUGGGAGAGGGAGAGGAGUGGGGACCCACUUUUUUUUUUCUUAACCUGUACAGAGUCUUCGGCUUUAUGUUUAUGUUCUGCACCUGCAUAUAUGUGUGUGUACAUAUCUUUGCCCCCAUCGAUUGGUACAAUUUUUAAUAAAACCAUUUAAAGCAAA